AUGAUCACAAACAUCAGUGAUCCUAUAUUUGGAAUUUGGAAUACAACUGUCGGUGGUGAUAGUGCACCCUCAAAUUCAAUCAAUCCUACUGAUGCUGGUAAUUAUAUGCCGUAUCACCCUCCUGAAAAAAUACUCGAUAAUCGUACGUCAACAAAAUAUUUGAAUCAUGGGAAUGGAGACAGUGGUGUUUACAGUUCCACUAAAGGCGUUGGAACUGGGUUUUAUAUUACACCAAGAAUUGGUUUAUCAACCUUGAAAAUGUUUCGAUUUGCAACUGCUGACGAUCGUGAAGAUCGUGAUCCACUGUCAGUCACAAUAGAAUGUAGUAAUGCAACUAGCAACAAUCUAAAAAACGGUUUCGUUUGGCUUCUAAUUCAUAAUGGAUCAACUGGCCUAAUGCCUAAUCCAGGUCGUAGGACAUUUGGCAUCGAUCAAUUGGUUGACAACAACAAAGUAUGUGAAAGUUAUCGUGUAUUGGUAUCUUCACAACGUGGAUCGGAUACCGGUGUACAAUAUAGUAUAUUUCAUCUUCUUGGUUGGUAUUAG